GGGGGUGGGGAGGGAAGGAGGAGCCUGAGGAGGCGUCUGCUGCAAGUUCCUGGCUGAUUCAGAGCUCACACCAUCCUCCAAGAGGGAGGAGGCUCAAGUGAUGCUGCUGCUGUUGCCGCCUCUACUGCUGGUACUCUAGCGGAGCUGGAAAGGGUGGUUCCUAUCGCACCAUCACCAACCAGAGAGGGAGGGGGAAAAAUCCCGGCAGCCGCUGCUGAUGUUGGGUUCAGAGGCUGCAUCCGACCCGGUCACAAGAAAAAUGGAUUCAGUGUGCGGCUCUCCCUCCUUUCAGCAUCUUCUCCUGGUCUCAGCAUGGGCUUCCAAGGCAGCGUUUGAGAAGACCUUAGCAAGAAACACCACGCAGUAGUGGCUGAAACAUCUCACUCCAGGAAAUGAAACAGUAACAUGGCAGUACCUGUUUGAGAGGAUUAAAACCCAAAAGACUCCAUUUAGAAAGGGACAAUGUCCAAGAAAGGGCGAAAUAAGGGCGAGAAGCCCGAGGCACUCAUUGUCGCCCUGCAAGCUGCCAACGAAGACCUCAGGACCAAACUCACAGACAUUCAGAUAGAACUGCAUCAAGAGAAAUCCAAGGUAUCAAAGCUUGAAAGAGAGAAGACUCAAGAAGCAAAGAGGAUUCGUGAGCUGGAGCAGCGCAAACACACAGUCCUAGUAACAGAGCUUAAAGCCAAGCUCCACGAGGAGAAGAUGAAGGAGCUGCAGGCUGUGAGGGAGAAUCUCAUCAAGCAGCAUGAGCAGGAAAUGUCAAGGACAGUGAAGGUGCGAGAUGGGGAGAUCCAGAGACUCAAGUCUGCUCUGUGUGCUCUCCGGGAUGGCAGCAGUGACAAAGUAAGGACAGCACUCACCAUUGAGGCCCGGGAGGAGGCCCGGAAACAGUUUGAUGCAGAGCGCCUGAAACUCCUGCAGGAAAUUACAGACUUGAAAACUGCCAAGAAGCAGGUGGAUGAGGCUCUGAGCAAUAUGAUCCAAGCGGAUAAAAUUAAGGCUGGGGACCUUAGGAGUGAGCAUCAGUCCCACCAGGAAGCCAUCUCGAAGAUCAAGUGGGAAUCGGAACGGGAUAUCCGGAGGCUGAUGGAUGAAAUCAAAGCCAAGGACAGGAUCAUCUUUUCCCUGGAAAAGGAACUGGAGACUCAGACAGGCUAUGUACAGAAACUCCAGCUGCAGAAGGAGGCUUUGGAUGAGCAGCUCUUUCUUGUCAAGGAAGCAGAGUGUAACAUGAGCAGUCCGAAGAGAGAGAUUCCAGGAAGGGCAGGAGAUGGCUCUGAACACUGCAGCAGCCCGGAUUUGCGAAGAAAUCAAAAGAGAAUAGCUGAAUUGAAUGCCACGAUACGAAAGUUAGAAGACAGGAACACCUUGCUCGGAGAUGAGCGAAACGAGCUGUUAAAACGCGUGCGGGAAACCGAAAAACAAUGCAAACCUCUCCUGGAAAGGAACAAGUGCCUAGCCAAGAGAAACGAUGAACUGAUGGUGUCUUUGCAACGCAUGGAAGAGAAACUAAAAGCAGUAACAAAGGAAAAUUCAGAGAUGAGAGAAAAAAUAACGUCUCACCCACCAUUGAAGAAACUGAAGUCUCUGAAUGACCUUGACCAAGCUAAUGAAGAACAAGAGACGGAGUUCCUAAAACUGCAGGUCAUUGAGCAGCAGAACAUCAUUGAUGAGCUCACAAGGGAUCGAGAAAAACUCAUCCGUAGGAGAAAGCACAGGAGAAGCUCGAAACCAAUCAAGAGGCCUGUUUUAGAUCCAUUCAUUGGCUAUGACGAGGACUCCAUGGACUCAGAAACAUCAUCCAUGACCUCCUUUAGAACAGACCGGACACCUGCUACCCCUGAUGAUGACUUGGAUGAAAGUCUAGCUGCUGAAGAAUCUGAGCUACGAUUUCGACAAUUAACAAAAGAAUACCAAGCUCUCCAAAGAGCAUAUGCCCUCUUGCAGGAACAGACUGGAGGCAUCAUAGAUGCUGAAAGAGAAGCCAAGGCACAAGAGCAGCUCCAGGCAGAGGUGCUGAGGUACAGGGCCAAAAUCGAAGAUCUGGAGGCAACACUGGCUCAGAAAGGGCAGGAUUCACACUGGGUAGAAGAUAAACAACUUUUCAUUAAGAGAAACCAGGAGCUUUUAGAAAAGAUAGAGAAGCAGGAAGCAGAGAAUCACCGGCUACAGCAGGAACUUCAGGAUGCCAGAGACCAGAAUGAGCUGCUGGAGUUUCGCAACCUAGAACUGGAAGAGAGAGAGAGGAGAUCCCCUCCAUUUAAUCUACAAAUUCACCCCUUCUCAGAUGGUGUGAGUGCGCUGCAGAUCUACUGCAUGAAAGAAGGUGUCAAGGAUGUCAACAUCCCUGAUCUCAUAAAGCAGCUUGAUAUCCUAGGUGACAACGGGAACCUAAGGAAUGAAGAACAAGUGGCCAUAAUUCAGGCCAGCACUGUGCUGUCCCUGGCAGAGAAGUGGAUCCAACAAAUUGAAGGAGCAGAGGCUGCCCUGCACCAGAAAAUGAUGGAACUGGAAAGUGAUAUGGAACAAUUCUGCAAAAUCAAAGGCUACCUGGAGGAAGAACUAGACUACAGAAAACAGGCUCUCGACCAGGCAUAUAUGAGAAUCCAGGAACUAGAAGCUACUUUGUACAAUGCUCUGCAGCAAGAAACUGUGAUCAAGUUCGGUGAACUGUUAAGUGACAAGCAGCAAGAAGAGCUGAGGACGGCUGUAGAAAAGUUAAGGCGGCAAAUGCUGAGGAAGAGCCGGGAGUACGACUGCCAGAUCCUCCAGGAGAGGAUGGAGCUCCUACAGCAAGCCCACCAGAGAAUCCGUGACCUAGAAGAUAAAACAGACAUCCAAAAGCGGCAGAUAAAGGACCUAGAAGAAAAGUUUCUGUUUCUAUUCUUGUUCUUCUCUCUUGCCUUCAUUCUAUGGCCUUGAUGUCAAGGUGCCUCUUAAAGAAAAAUCAAGAACUUGGAUCAUAUCCCCAGAAGGCAAAUGCUUUUAAACCUUCAAAGAUGGCAAAAUUGUUUACACCAAUGUAAGGGAAAUCAAAAGCUAAGAAUUACCCUGUAGCCAAGACUAUGUGCUUUAAAGCCAUUAUUCAAGGUUUCUUACUUGACAGUUUAUAAUGACCCUGUUGAAAAAAAUCUACAUUAUAUGCUGCAUUUAAUGAAACUUGUGUAUGUCAAAGCAGAAGAAGAGAACUAUAAACAUAUAUUAUGUGAAGGAAAAUUUCAGCAGUGGAACCAGUUUCAGCAGAUCAAGAGAAGAUGUGUCUUGGGCAUGGAACCAAAGUUACAAAGAAACAUUCAACUCCUGCUGUGCAGGGGGGUCAUUUUAAUGUAACACCACACCCCAUGGAAACACUAUUCCUGAAAAUAAACAUGAUUUUAAAAAAACAAAACAAACAAAAGUAAAAAAAAAAAAAACCAACCCAAGGGUGGGCGGGUAAUGAAGCAGGAGGAAUAAUACCUAUGAGGAACUAUUUACAAUAAAAUGUUUCCUUUG